UACCCUGGUUACUCAAGCAGAUGAUUGCCGGUCGAUGUGUUGUUUAUUUUGCUAAUUUAUAAAUAAUUCAUUUUAGUGUUCUUUGUUUAUUAAUCAAUUGUAAUUUUUUGUUUAAAACUUCAAUCAUGAAUGGACCUGUUACUUCUGCCAAUAAACUCAAAUGGGAUCCUAGUAUUACUAACCCAUUGUUUAUUGAAAUGGUUGAUCUAUUGAGAUGUCAUCAGUGUAAAAAACUCAACUAUAGUGUUCAUAAUUUAUCCAAAUGUGCCCAUGUUCUGUGUGGUGAUUGUAAAAAUGGUAUCGCAGCUAGAAAAUGUCCUUUAUGUAAAAUACCAACUGUGGAAAUCAAGCGGGAUUCGGAUUAUGAAAGUUUGGUUAAAGAUAUCAGAUUGUUAAAUACACAAUAUUUGAAAAUAAGUUUUGCGGCUGAUAAAAAUCCCAAUAAAGCUCCGAAUAAUGAUAAAAAGAUUAUGAGUUCUCCUCGUCCCGUGAUGAAAGCUGUUAUUUCUCCUGUCAAAAAAGUCGAUAAUGCAGCCAAAGGAGUUGAAUCGAGUCAAGAUUUAUCCCAAUUGACGGAAGCAUCAGUUUUCACACAAGAUCUAAGCAUCGACGAGGACAAGUUGGAUGAUGCAUCUGAUACUGAAGCUAUUGGUUCGGUUAAUAAGCGGAAAGGACGUGAAAAGGUGCAAGAAAAAGUUAUCCCCAUGAAGAAACAAAGACUUGCUUCUGACUCAACUGAAAAGCAGAGUAACGAUGACAAAAACAAAAGAAAGGACAAGGAUCCAGUUAAAGAACGAGAAGCAGAGAAGGAAAAAGAGAGACUGAAAGAGAAGGAAAAGGAGAAAGAGAAGGAAAGAGAAAAAGAACGAGAAAAAGAAAAAGAAAAGGAGAAGGAGAGACUAAAAGAGAAAGAGAAAGAGAAACUCAGAGAAAAAGAAAAGGAAAAAGAAAAGCUAAAAGAAAAGGAAUUGCAGAAAAAACUCGAAAAAGAAAAGAAAGAAGCCGAAAAACUUGAAAAGGAAAAGGCCAAAGAGCUGGAAAAGGAACGCAAAGAGAAAGAGAAAGAACUGGCAAAGGAGCGUGCUAAGGAACGCGCCAAAGAAAAGGCUAAAGAAAGAGCAUUGGAAAAAGCCAAAGAAAAAGCUAGACUCAAGGAACUUGAAGAAAAGGAAAAGGCUGAAGAGGAGAAAAAUAAAAACAAAAAUGAAGAUGAUGCCGAUGCCGAUGCUGAAGAUAAUGAUAAAGCUAAAUCUAAAAGUAGAAAGAAGGUAUUGGCUAAGGAUAAAGUAAAAGAAACAGAGUCAGAUGCACAGGCUGACAACUCAAAGUCAAGUAAAGUAGAAUCUUCUACGAAGAAAAGAGGUAAAACCGUUGAAGAAGAAGUGUCUGAGUCCAAAGAUAACAAAGUUUCUAUUCGAGGCCGUGCUAAGAAAAAAGUUGUCGAAGAAAAGGAGAAGGAAGACAAGAAUAAAGAAUCAGAAAGUGAUGAUAAACGCUCUACUCGAUCUUCACCGUCAAAGAAUUUAUCGUCCAAAAAUAAAGAUGAAAGCCCUCGACGAACAGGUCGAACUCCGAAAAAUAGUGGUAAACCUGAGGAUGAUAAAAAAUCUUCAGAAGAUCGAAUUGAUACAACUAAUGAUGAUAUUGAAGAGAAUAGAAAUAAAAAACAAGAUCUGAGAAAAUCUGUAACCUUUUCUCCAGCUAAAGAAUUUGAAUCCACAGUUUCUCCAAGAAAAAGUCCAAGAAGCAACAAAGGUAACAUGAUGUAUUCACGUCGACCUAUCACUUACGAUGAACUACCACUCAUGAAUAGCAAGGCUCGUUCUGAAACCAAAUCAAAAGAAGCUGUCUCUGAAACAGAAACGCCCAAGUCUACAAGUAACAGCAAAGCUGCUUCAUCCAAAGGGCGUGCUAAACAAAAAGCAAAGGAACCUGAAGCUUCGGUUGAUGAUGAAGAUGUUUUUGUUAAACCAAAAGCCACAAGCAAAAGAGCAGCUCGAUUAGAUUCGACUGAUACCAGCCCUGUAAAGAGACAACGUAAAGCUAAGGAAACUUCUGAUGAAAGUGAUUCACCGUCACCAGCACGAUCCACGUCAAGCAGAUCUAAUGCAUCAAAAAAUUCAAAAUCCAAUAGCAGAAUUUUAAUCGCCUCAACCUUAUUGACAGCCGACCAGAAGAAAACUUUAGAAAAAUUACAAAAAUCGCUUGGAGUUCGCAUAACAGCAGAUUUCCCCUCCAAUGUGACUCAUUUGGUGACUAAAUCUGAUUCAAAUAAACGAGCUGUCCGAUCAUUAAAGUACAUGAAAGCAUUGCUCAGUCACAAGUGGAUUGUGAGUUUUGAUUGGAUCACUGAAAGUUUAAAAGCUGGUGAAUUGCUACCAGAAGAACCGUAUGAAUUGCGGGGAACCACCAAACAACCAGAAAAUACAUUGGGUGCACCUAAAAUUUCAAGAACCUCUAAAAAGAAGUUGCUCAUCGGAAUCAAUUUCUAUUUUGAUGGAAAAUUCAAAGCUGCCGAUUUACCUAAUCUUGAAGAGCUUAAGGAUAUUGUUUCAACUGGAGGUGGAACUAUUUUUGAUAACAAUUUACGGUUAAAUUCAGCUUUACGAAAAAAUGAAAGAGUAAUCAUUGUUAAAGAUAAAGUUAAAGAUGAUGAUAAAUCGACUGGAAGUGCUAAGCACAUUGAGACUGCCGAUCUUCUCGCAGUUGUAACUGCUUACAAGACAGAUGAUUUUUUCAAUUAACUAUCUAUAUUAUUUUACCAUUUUUUUCGUCAAGCUACUUAAUUUUAUUUUUAUUUCAUCUGUUCCCCAUAAACUAUACUUUAUCAUGCUAUUAUUAUAAUCAUAUUUUCAUUAUUAUUUUGUUUUGAAACCCUUUA